AUGUUUGUGAUGGGUGUGAAUCACAAGUAUGGCAACUCCCUCAAGAUCGUUAGCAACACUUCCUGUACCACCAACUGCUCAGCCCCACUGGCCAAGGUCACCCAGGACAACUUCAGCAUUGUGGAGGGACUCAUGACCACAGUGAACGCCAUCACUGUCACCCAGAAGACUGUGGAUAGCCCCUCUGAGAAGCUGUGGCAUGAUGGCCGCGGGGCUGCCCAGAACAUCAUCCUUGCAUCCAUUGGCGCUGCCAAGGCUGUGGGCAAGGUCAUCCCGGAGCUGAGUGGGAAGCUCACAGACAUGGCCUUCCAUGUGUCCACUCCCAACGUGUCAGUGGUGGAUCUGACCUGCUGCCUGGAGAAAGCGGCUAAUCACAGCAACAUCAAGGAGGUGGUGAAGCAGGUGUCAGAUGGUCCCCUCAAAGGCAUCCUGAGCUACAACCAGGUUGUGUCUUGCAACUUCAACAGUGACACCCACUUUUCCACCUUUGAUGCUGGGGUGGAAUGA